AUGGCUGGACUCAGGCUUGGGACGUGCUUCAUUUUGCUGUUCAUCACCUUCUUCUUCAUUGAUGGCUUCGGGUACCCGACUCAAGCGGCUCACAAUGUACGACGUCGUCAAACUGUCGUAGAGCAGACGCAGACGCAGACAGAAACGCAGUCACGGUCGGAAGUUAUCGAACAGGGAGGUGGAGGUUGGGGUAGAGGUGGUGGUUGGGGUGGAGGUGGUGGCUGGGGUGGGGGUGCUCCACCUCCACCUCCACCUCCUCCUCCUCCUCCUCCUCCCCCUCCCCCGCCUCCGCCU